AUGUCCACUAUUUCUGCGUUACACUUUGGGCAGCACAUCAUAAAGUCCUCGGCUGUGUAUUUGAAGAUGGAGUUGUCUUUCGCACUAGCCAACCAAAAGCCAGUCGUGUCUGGUCAUGUCUUAAUUUGCCCCAAACGUGUGACAGAGAAGUUUAGAGAUCUUCAUCCUGAUGAGGUGACCGAUCUGUUCAUGACCACACAGAACAUAGCCAACCUGAUUGAGAAACACUACCAGGCAUCCUCCCUAACCAUCGCCAUACAGGACGGACCUGAGGCAGGGCAGAUGGUGAAGCAUGUCCACGUUCACGUGCUUCCGAGGAAGGCUGGAGAAUUUAAGAAGAAUGACAGCAUCUAUGAUGAGGUGCAUGAAGAGGUGACGAAGUUGUGGACAGCCCCUUUCAUGGCCAGAAACCGCUCGCCUCCCUCUUCCAUCCUCACCACCCUCUAUGACGGGGCAGCCAAGGGGGUACGUGGACAUUCCCCAGGUGGAGAGAGUGGUUGCGGUGCACCUGUGCCCAAAAAACGCCGCCACUUGGAGGAAUCGCCCGCAUCUCCCUUCCAAGGCCUGUAA